GGCGAAGCCUGUUUUUGAGCUUGCGCGUGUGAGUCGCUUCUGCGCGAUGAUUGCGGCCAGGGUCUGGAGCACGUCGCUGAUCACCACAACCCACCGUCGCAGCAGCGGCCGUUGGUUGCGCGCCUCGCAAAAGGAACAUGCCCGGCCCACCUUUGACGAGUUGUCCUUCUUCCACCCUCUUCGGCUCGAGAGGCGAGCACCAGUAAUCCAGGCAUGCAGCACCUGACGCGGCACAACGACCAGUCCCGACAACCCGUCUCCUCCGCCGCCCAUGAUCCACUCCACCACCACCACCACCACCAGGAUGCCGAUGCCUCUGCGGCCGCCAGCAGCACCAAGCGCCAGAAGAGCCGCCAUCGUGCCUCGAUAGCAUGCGCGACCUGCCGCGAGCGUCGCAUCCGCUGCGUCGUGCCGCCCGGCGACAGCGAGUGCAUCCAGUGCAAACGAUCCGCCACCGAGUGUGUCAUCAAGAACGACGAUGAACGACGGAAGCCCAUUUCUCGCGCCUACAUGAGCGCCCUCACCGAGCGCGUGUCGAUGCUGGAGUCCAUGCUCAAGGAGAAGGGCACGCAUGUGCCACCUGCCCACUAUCCCGCCAAGACCACCAAAGGCAGCCUGCAUGCCGAGGAUGACGACUCUCCUGUGCGACUGGCAGAUACGCAGCUGCGAGUGCCGCCCAAGAUAGAGCAGACCAGUCCGCCGGGUUUCCAGGACAUCUCUGCUAACAAUGUCGAACACCGCGCUGACAAGACGAACCACAUUGGGACUCCAAUCGACGACAAGAACCAAGGACUUGUCACCCGACUCCUAUCCACUCGUGGCCAUCUCUCCUUCGAUCAGCUCAGUGGGCGACUUCGCUUUUACGGGGGAACCGUCAAUUGCCAUGUCUAUUCCGAGCUCGGCGACGUUGAGGACGGCACUGGCCAGAAUGCGAGUGCGGAGCAGGCUCAACGAGCUGCAAAUUGCAUUCGCGCUCUCUCGAUUCAAACCCAGGAAUACCUCAUGGAGCUGUUCUGGCAGCACUAUAAUUCAGUUCUGCAUGUCGUGCACCAGGAUGCUUUCACUGAAGACUAUCAAAAUGGCAGGACCCAAUACUACUCGGGCUUUCUGCACGUCUGUAUCUUGGCCAUGGGAUUCAGGUUUUCGGACAAGACCAGGCCAGACAUGCAGCUCUUAGCACUUCCAAAUCGAGAGAGCGUGUUGCAUCGAGAAGCGAAACAUAUGCUUGACCUGGAGCUGCAAAGCCCAGGAGGCAUUCCUUCCAUCGCAGCACUCCUUAUCCUCGGUGAUUCGGAAGUUGGGGUAGGUCGUGACAAUGUUGGCUGGAUGUACGCUGGAAUGGCAAUGCGCCUUUGCUACGACCUGGGCCUGCAGCUGGACAGCCGGAACACUGGACUAUCGCAAAGAGAAUUGGAUGUACGGAGAAUCACUCUCUGGGCGUGUGUGAUCUACGAUCGGUACUGGUCUUUGUUUCUGGGGAGGCCUCUCACUAUGAAGAGGAGCGAUCUUGAGGUCUAUUGUCUGACAAACCAAUUUGAGAGACUAGGAACGUGCAUGCCGGCCGGCGCGGGGCAGAGCAUGCACACCAAGAUUUACGAAGCUCUAAUUGAACUUAUGGAGAUUGCUGGCAAGAUAGUGGAAGAGGCCGAGUUUCGGACUAACCAUGAUACGGAUCACACUCCGGACCAGUCGGCGUACUUCAAGAUGGCAGCUUUGGAUCGUGAAAUACGGAACUGGGCCACGCGUCUAUCCCCAGAGCUGCGCUACACCGAGGAGAACAAACGGAAUGCACCUCUAUCUUUCUAUUUGCUACAUCAGCAAUAUCAUGCAGUUCUAAUACUGCUGCAUAGACCUUUUGCACGAUAUGAUGAUGCUGGUAUCACAGAGUCUGAGGAAGGCAACGCUCUGGAUAGUCAUUUCUCGCAAGCAAGUCGAGCAAUAUGCACCAAGUCUGCUGUGGCGAUGGCGAAACUUUUCUGGCAGCACAGACAACGAUUCGACGGCAAGACCAUUUUCUGCAUAGGAAUGCAGCACGCUGGAACUGCGGCGAUAGCAUUGAUAGCUGCACUCGCCUACAUGCCAGACGCAGCGGAGCGCAACAACAAUCUGCAGUAUCUCGAAGUGCUUCACGCAGCCUUGCUAGACAUGACACAUGCCUACUCACCUGCUGAGAGAAUGGCAGCAGUUCUCAAUGCAGUUAUGAUCGAACUUCGAGGAGGUCCCAUUUCUCCUGUCGAUUCAUCAAUGCCCACCCGCCGAGGUGAUGGAGACCUAGAUGCGAAUAGAGGCCAGAGCAAGCGUAGGCAAGUCAAUCGCACAAAUGAUGCUACCGCCAUGCCACCACCACCUGUCAACCACAGCGGCAGUCGAAGAUCAAGCGUCACGACUUCAGACAACAGCUACCAGUCAAUAGCGCAGCAAAUGCCACAAGCCGAAUAUGCUGCGCUCCCACAGCAAUCGGCCAUGUGGAAUGGCAAUUAUCAGCAUGAUCCUUCUCAAAUGGCGACGACAAUGAUGGCGGCUCAUAACAUACCUUUAUCACCAUCUCCCAAUACACGGCAAGCCUGGACACAUGCACCAGUCCACCCACAGCAUUAUCCACAAUACCCCAGCGUCGCCGGCGUUGCCAAUGUUAUGAAUGGCGACUUGGCACAUCUGGAGUUCAUGAAUGGGUUACCACCUGAAGAGAGCUGGUCAGGAUGGCAUACCCCAGGAAAUAUGCCAGGCGGGUCAUCACAUAUGAAUAAUAUGCCGCCUCCUGGUUGAGAUGUCGCAACAUGGUACAAGACUGUAUGGAGGAUAUCGUGAGGGCUACACGGCACCUGUGAUGGUGUCUGUAAAUGUUUGUAAAGGGAUCUCCAUGUACUUUACCUCUUGCUUUCUUCUUAGCACGGCGCUGUUGGAGGUGGUCUGGAAAUUUUAUGAUGUAGGAACAAGUUGAAAAGGGAUCAUGGGCCAUGUAUUUUUCGACAGAUGAGUAGCAGUUCCAAUUGUACAAGUCGUACUAUACUCCCA